UUUGUGAGAGGUGGUGAAGAGAAGAGGAGCGCCAACCAACCGUUUCAGAUAAGCACAUCUCCACCAAACCAAACGGCACGUGUCAUUCAUGUGAUUUUCCAUUUUUCAUAUUACAAAUUCAAUCAAUUCACAUCACAACCCACAAGCAAACUUGAAUUUAGUUGAAGAAGGAAAUGGCUGCAACUUCUUCCUUGUGUUCAUCCACCCUCCAAUCCCAAAUUAAUGGUCUCCACCUUCACAAAGCCACUCUUUUUCAUCCUCCUUCCCUCACUUUCUCCAGGAGGAAACUUUCAACCAUCGUGAAGGCUUCAUCUCGUGUUGACAAGUUUUCAAAAAGCGAUAUCAUUGUUUCUCCAUCCAUUCUUUCUGCCAACUUUUCAAAAUUGGGAGAGCAGGUGAAAGCAGUGGAGUUGGCUGGUUGUGAUUGGAUUCAUGUUGAUGUAAUGGAUGGACGCUUUGUCCCAAAUAUUACAAUUGGACCUCUUGUGGUUGAUGCAUUGCGCCCUGUGACGGAUCUUCCUUUGGAUGUGCACCUGAUGAUUGUGGAGCCUGAACAAAGGGUGCCAGAUUUUAUCAAGGCAGGAGCUGAUAUUGUCAGUGUUCAUUGUGAACAAUCUUCCACCAUCCAUUUGCACCGUACAGUUAAUCAAGUGAAAAGUCUGGGCGCUAAAGCUGGAGUUGUCUUAAACCCUGCAACUCCCUUAAGCACAAUAGAAUAUGUCCUUGAUGUGGUUGAUUUAGUCUUAAUCAUGUCUGUAAACCCUGGCUUUGGUGGCCAGAGUUUUAUUGAGAGUCAAGUAAAGAAAAUUUCUGAUUUGAGAAGACUUUGCGCAGAGAAGGGAGUGAAUCCAUGGAUUGAAGUAGAUGGUGGAGUUGGACCAGCAAAUGCUUACAAGGUGAUUGAGGCUGGAGCCAAUGCACUGGUUGCUGGUUCUGCUGUAUUUGGAGCUAAAGAUUAUGCUGAAGCUAUAAGAGGAAUCAAAACCAGCAAAAGACCUGAAGCAGUUGCUGUGUGAAUGUGUGCAAUAUUCUACCCUCCAAUACAAUAUUAAUGAGUUGGCGGCCUAUAGGGCACCAUUAUGUUGCCUGGCUUGCUGUCACCACUGCCAAUUGCUUUUCUCUGGAAUUAACUAUAAGAAAUCAGUCAAGUAAGGCUGCUGGUGGGAUGCAUAGUUUGUGUAUAAUCUUAUAGCGACAAGUUUAAUCCAAGAUAAAGCCCUAUUCAAUGUAGUCUAUAUCAGCUUGUAACCUGUCAGUUAUAUUCCCCAUAUUGUAAAGCAGUUGUGCGUUCUUUGAAUAUAAGUAUUGAGAAAAAAGCCCAAAUAAAUUAUGUUUAUUUCUGCA